AUGCGCGUGUCAUUCAGCUUGCUCGCCACCGCUCUCUUUGCCGUCGCACGUGCCGAGUUGCGAGUCGUCGAUGGCCAGUUUGCGCUGCUCGAUUCGGUCGGCAUCGCUGCGCAGCAGGCCCAGUCAGUCCUCCUCUGUUUGGGAUAGGAUGUCCUCUAGAGCAGUGCCGAGUCAGAGCUGACCCAUUGCCAUGUGCUCGUCCAAACGGUCUCCCCAGAUUCUCGUCCGCGAGCCCUGCACCCCUGUCCGCGAUCAAGCUCACGCCCGUCGACACGAUGAGGCUCAGCUACACGAUCCAGACCGUCGAGGACGAGCAACCGGCGACGCCGCAACAAAACUUCCUCGUCUGGCAGGCACUCGACCCCAAAGAGCGAGGUCAGCCGGGGAGGGACCACGUCAUCCCGCUCAAGAUCCGUAAAGGCGGCAAGGCCAAGUGGGAACUGGUCAGUACUCCCAAUUCCCUCCCGCCAUGGAAUACUGACCAUACUCGCGCUUACCUAUGUGCAGGACCUCUCGAGGGCACCCGUUGAUAUCUUGGCGCUUUCGACCGGGCCCAUCUCGUUGACGCUGCUCGUCGGCGACCCCAAGCACCCCCGAGGCCUGUCGAUCCCGCUCGGCACCUUCACCCUCGCGCCCUCGCUGGUGCUCCCCUUCCCUCAACCACCCCUGUCAAGUCUGCCCAAGUCGUACGAGAUCGAGAGGUACAGUAAGAUGCCCGAGAUCGCAUGGGAGUUUAGGAAGCCCGAGAAGCGCGUCGGGCUGUUCAAGGCCGGCUUGGGUUUGAUCGCCGUGCUCAGUCCCUGGGUCGUCUUGUUCGGCGUGGUGAGUUUUGAGUCGAAAGAUGAAUUGUGGAUAAUGUGAUGCCGACGAACUCUUUGGCUGCGCUGCUACGAACAGAUUGGAAGUGUCCAACUCAAGCUCCGAACGCCAUCGUUCUCCACGCUCUCGUUCCUCGGCUCAUUAACUUCGCUCGAACUGCUGACGAUUUACUACUGGACCUCGCUCAAGCUGUUGCCGACGAUACCCUACUUUAUCGCGCUGGCUCUGUUGACGGCCUUGACGGGGAGGAAUGCGUUGGGCGAUAUGCGGAAGGCGCGGUUGGCGACCGAUAAAAAGGCCGAGUAG